GAUCUUUAUGAUUGCAGAAUUAGAAUGAAAUUGUUCUGCUGAUACUUGUAAAAAGAUCAAGAUGUCACAGUCAGAAGUGGAUAAACUGUCGCAACAUCUUUCAUUACUUAGAACUGAGUAUGUAAAGCUGCAGCAGAAAUGUGUUAUGUUGGAGAGAGAAAACUCAGUGCUGGCUGCUGAGAAUGGUGAGCAGGGUCAGGAUUCAUUUAUAUCUCGUCUUCUUGCUACAGUUUCCUCAUUAUACAACCAGCCUCUGUAUAGUGAUUUGACAAUAAUUACUCCCUCCUCUAAUAUCCAUGCUCACAAAUUUGUCCUCAGUUGUAGAAGUGACUGCUGGGGAGUUAGUUCCUUGUCUGAGGUUGAAUCCUUAAACUGGGUUAAUCUGGGUGAAGAUGUUAGCUUGGCGCUGUUACGUUGGAUAUAUACUGAUCAAAUCACACUCAGUGGUGGAGACCAGUUUACGCUUACCUUAAUGGCGGUUGGAAGUCAGUUUAAGUUAAGAGCUCUGGUAGACAGUUGUGAACAAAAUCUUGUUUCCUCAGUAAGCGUAUCCAACUGCAUUAGUUUCUUUGCAACAGCAGACAGGAUAAAUGCUGAGAGACUAAAGGAUCACUGCACCCAACUUAUCUCAGCAAACUGGGAUAAGUUUACAUAUAAGGAUUUUAUUGAGCUCUCUCCUGAGUUGGUUUAUACCAUGCUAAAAAAACGUGCAUCCUUCCCUCUACACUCUGCUAUAGAACUGAAGAGGGAAGAUGUCGUCUUCCUUUACCUCAUUGAGUUUAACUCGGAGCUUUCUAUUCGAAUGAAUGAAACUGACGACAGAGGUCGUCUUCCUCUUGACCUUGCUCUAGCCACAGCGCAGUACGGUAUAGCCAAGAGUCUGGUUGAGCAUCAGGUGAAUGUUAACCAAAUGAAUAAGGGCGGCCUCAGUGUUCUCCAUUUAGCAAUAGUGCGUAAUGAUCCUGCCGCGUGUAUUUUUCUCUUAAAAAAUGGCGCGCAAGUCAACCUAUCCACUCAGGCGGAGACAAAUACCCCUCUCCACCUCAUAGCCAGUUCCUUGAACCCUGAGCUGUUAGAGGUUGCUAGAGAAAUAAUUCUACGGAAUGGAGAUAUCAACCUUCAAAAUAAGGAGGGAGAAACAGCACUUCAUAUAGCUAUUCAGAGUGAGAAUACUGCAUUGUUCUGUUUAUUACUGGAAGAGAAAGCAAACCUUGAGCUGGUCACUAGACAGGGCAAACCUCCUCUCUGGUUUGCUCUCAUGAUGAAAGAAGAGAAGUUUGAAGAGAACAGUUACGCGCAGAGGUUAGUGGAGGCUGGCGCUGAUGUUAACAGUAUCUGUAGCCCGGCCUCCGAUACCAUCCUCCACCUUCUGGCAGGGCAGGCCAGGGAGGAGGCCUGCCUCUUUCUUGUUUCUUCAGGAGCUAAUGUUAACAAGAUAAACCGACGCGGUGAAUCUGUUCUUCAUCUAGCAGCCAUUCAUGGAUUAGCUACCUUAGCCACAGCUCUACUAGUGGCUGGAGCAGAUCCAAACCUUCAAACUUCUAUAGUUGAUGGUGAUACUUGGAGACAAACAGCUCUACAUCUAGCUCUACUUAACAAACAGGAAACUGUUGUAUCUUGUCUGCUCGAGUUUAGCCAACCAUCUGAUGGCUUAUCAACUGUCUUACUGGAUUUAAAUCUAAAGAAUUCAGAAGAUGAAACCCCGCUAGCUCUGGCUUUACAUACAGGUUUCAGUCACUUAGCUGAUCUAAUGAUAGAGUCCGGAGCUGACGUUAAUAUAACCGACGCCAACGGUUUCACUCUUCUCCAGAAAGCAAUUGUCGACGGAAACCCUAGCGCGGCUAUUUUCCUUCUCCAACAUGGCGCUGAUAUCAACAUUCGAUCCCCGCAAGGGAUGACCCCCCUAGAGCUGGCUAUACGAGCUGAUAUAGAACCUGUAGUUGAGAAACUGUGCCUGGCAGGAGCAGAUACUCAGUCCUCUAGUACAGGGGAGCCACCUGUAUGGAUUGCUUUAGAUCUUGGACUUGAAGAUAUUGCCAGUAUUAUUGUUAGACAUGGAGUAGAUACCGAGGGCUGGGGGCCAGGACCAGAUGAAUGUGAUCAAACCCUACUUCACAGAGCCAUAGAUGAGAACCGGGAGGAUAUUGCUUGUUUCCUCAUCAGAUCUGGAUGCGAUCUUAACUCUCCUAGAAGACCAGGACACGGAGGAAAAGGCGGUCUUGAAGCAUUUGAUGGUCAAGGACCUCUUCAUCUUUCUUCUCAGUGGGGUCAAGAGAAGGUCGUGACUUGUCUGAUUGAACACGGAGCAGAUAUUAACAAACAGGACGCUGAAGGAAAGACAGUGCUCCAUCAUGCUAUAGAAAAUGGGCAGAGUGGGAUAAUUAACAUGGUUCUAGGUUGCCCAGGCAUUAACCUAAGCUGUCGAGAUAAAGCAGGAUUAAGCCCUUUUGCUUGUGCCAUGACCUUCAAGAACAACUCAGCUGCCAGAGUGAUCCUCGAGCUUGAGCCUGGAGCUGCAGAACAUCCAGACGCAAGGGGAAAGAACUUUCUGCACACCGCUAUACUCAGAGGAGACCUGGAGGCACUUUUGUUUCUCAUCUCUAUCAGUGUAAAUGUGCACUCUAAAACUACAGAUGCUAAUAAGCUGGCCCCCCUUCUACUAGCCGUCCAGGUUGGAAACGAAAUGAUGGUUCGAAAUUUGAUCCUUGCCGGAGCGAAUGUUCAGGAAAGAACGUUGACCGGUCAGACUGGUCUUCAUAUAGCUGCAGAGAGAGAUCUACCUGAGAUAGCUAGUGUACUCAUAAACAAUAAUAUUGAGUACGCAGCAGUUGAUGAGGAUGGAAAUAACGCUCUUCAUGUAGCUGUUAGAGAAGGGAAUGUAAAGACGGUUCAGGUUCUCCUUUCUGAAUCCAGGAUAGACGCCGAGUUGUUGAAUGAGAAGGGUAGAUCACCCCUGCAUGUAUUAGCAAGGUUUACGGAGAGAAAUACAACGGAUAUUUUCAAUGUGUUCAUGGAGACUAUGCCGGAAUAUCCUAUAGAUAAACAGGAUACAGAAGGAAACACACCUCUGCUAUCAGCUUAUAUAAAGGGAAAUGGAGAUCUAUGUCGGGCCUUGGUGAAUCAAGGAGCAGUUCUUGGAACCAUGAAUAAAAAUAUGGUCAGCAUGUUUAAUCAUCCUGUAGCUACAAAACAGCUGCUUUUCAGAUUGCUUGACAUGCUUGGAACAGAGCCAAGGUGGGGGGAGGGGGAUCUUUGCCAAGAAUGUCAAACAAAGUUUGGUUUAACAACAAGGAAGCAUCACUGUAGGCACUGUGGAAGAUUACUAUGUGGAAAGUGCAGCGCCAAGGAGAUGCCCAUUAUUAAGUACAAUCUAACUAAGUCUGUUCGUGUGUGCGGAGUUUGUUCAGAUCUUCUUACUCUAGGAGUUGGCGCAGGAGUCUGAAUGCUGUGUUCAAUAUUCAUAUUUCAUAUAUUACAGAUUCUCCUUGUUAAAAUCAAGGUUGUAUGAUAAGGUUAGAUACUCUGGAUAUGCUCCAAUGUACAACAAAUGUUGUCUUUAUAGCAAUGGACAUUCCUAGAACUGGUAAAACCUUUAGAAUUGUUAAAACUGUAAAAAACAAAGUUUUCACUUCUGUUUUCGCCAAUAAUCAGUUAAAUCAUCUUAGGAUUUUGAGAGUCCAUUUGAAGACGACAUUUGUUGUACAUAUAUACGAGCGCAUCCAGAGUAUCUAAACUUAUUACACAACCUAGUGAUUAAAAUAGGAAUUACCACGUGGAUCUGAUUGCUGAUCCGACAUGUAUAGAUUUCAUGUUAUAUGUUGGGUAAGAAAUUAUAUCACAAUUUGAAAUGUAGGAUCUUAUUGACGCUUCAUUUUGAAAAUUGCUAUUUUCUAAAGGGUUGCAUGACCAAACAUAUUGGAAGCCGAUAUUUUGGGUUUGGGUUAGGUUUAAUUAACGACAAUUCUAUGGUCCUAGCUCUUAGGCGAGAGUUCUUGACCAUACUACACAGCAAUGUUAUCGU